AAGUGAAUAAAAAAAACAUAAACUCUAUUCGAAAAAAAAAAAAAAAACAUAAACUAUUACUGUACUCCGAUUUAUUUAUAAGGCACUAUUUCACACAGCUAUAUCUGACAAUGACUAGUACAAACCUGUUCAUCACUACUAAAAGCACGCAAGAAACAAUAAUUUACUUUACCAUGCAUUCCACAUCCACAGAAGACAUUAACUACUCCAAGACUUUCUUUCUUUUCUUUUUUAUUUAUAAAUAAUUUCCUCUUACCAAUUAACUUAAAACCCAUUUAAAGUAAUCUUUCCAUGAAAACAUUACAGAAAUAUACUCAUAAAGUCAUGGAGUUGAUUUCCACAAUAAAAGAUACAUGGAAAAUCAUCAUAAUUGGCACCAUAAUUAGCUGCUUUAUGCUUCUCCUUUUUCUCAACGAAAAUGAUCAAAAAUCAACUCUUAAUUUUCCUCCGGAAUCCGGUGAAUCCGAGGCGUUUAAGUCGAGCAUUGCUAACGAUGAUAACCCAUCAAUUUUUUCUUCUUUUAUUCCACCACCUUUAGCAACCAAGCUUGUUGCUCCGGAGCCUUCUAGUCCGUUAUUAUCCGGUGAAUCGGGGAUGCCAACGUCGGGUGGCAUAAUUGUGAAGGCUCCGGAGCCUUCUAUUUUUACUUCUACUUGUCCAUUAGCAUCUGGUGAGUCGGGGAUGCCAACGUCGGGUGGCGUAGUUAUGAAGGCUCCGGAGCCUUCUGUUUUCAACUAUAAUCCCUUAUUAUUCAGUGAGCCUGAGUUGCCAACGUCGGAUGGCAUAAUUGUCCAGGCUCCGGAGCCUUCUAUAUUCAGUGAACUGAACCCACCUUCCGAGCAACCAAACAGUUCGUAUAUAUCUUCUCUUAGUCCAGUGCAUCCUCCUAAUGUGUCGGAGAAUCCUACUAUUACUCUAGCAAAGGACAUUGAGAAACCGAAAUUUGAAGUUGAAAAUAAGGAGAAUGCUGCACCAAAAAAGAAGUGCAAUAUUUUUGAUGGAAAAUGGGUUUACAAGCCUGAAGUAGAACCUAGUUAUUGUCCGUUGAAGUGUCCAUUUAUUGAGGAAAAGAUGAGUUGCAAAAGGAAUGGGAGACCAGAUUUGGAGUAUGAAAAGUGGGUAUGGGAAGCUAGAGAUUGUGAUAUACCCAUGCUAAAUGGGACAGACAUGGUGGAAAGAUUUAGAAACAAGAGAAUUGUGCUAGUAGGAGACUCACUCAACAGAAACAUGUGGGAAUCUCUUUCUUGCAUUAUGUAUUCAAACAUUCCUUAUCCUUCCGAUAAAGCUCAGAUCCUUUAUGAAGACAUUCAUAUUAAUACCUUCUUGAAAGUUAAGGAGGAUUAUAACUUUACAGUUGAGUUUUUUUGGAGCCCAUUUCUUGUUGAACUCAACAAAAAUCAUUCAAGUGGGAAAAGAGUUCUUGUGUUGGACAAACUUUCACCCAAUUCAGUGCAAUGGCCGAAUGCUGAUAUUAUUAUAUUCAACACAGGCCACCACUGGACUCAAGUUCCCCCUAAAAGAGCAUGGGACUUGUUCGAAUACAAAGGAAAGCUGACAGAGAAAAUGCCACUACACCAAGCAUUUACACGGGCGAUUAGAACAUGGGCAAAUUGGGUGGAAAAUAACAUCGACCAAAAGAAAACAACUGUUUUCUUUAGAAGUAUUUCAGUUGAACACCAAUCUUCCUUCUAUAACCAAUAUUGUUACUCUAGAACACAACCUUUCAUGGAUGAAUCCUUUAGAUUCAUUUUUCCUAGAACUCUUGUUCGCGUUAUUGAAAGCGUGAUCAAAGGGAUGAGAACGUCGCAAGUGAAGUACUUGAACAUUACCAAGUUGACGGAGUACAGAAUUGAUGCACAUCCUUCUAUUUAUAGGUUUAGUGAUUGGAAAAUUCGUACAAAAAAUAGUAGGAAUCACCAAGAUCAAAGAAUUAUUCCCGAUUGUGGGCAUUGGUGCCUUCCUGGGGUGCCUGAUACUUGGAAUAGGUUGUUGUAUGCUUCUCUAUAUUUUGACAAUUAUGUAUCUAGCUAGCUCUUGAAAUUUUGUUAUAUUUAAACUAUAUAUUCUUGAUCUGAAUUGUUUAAUAAGUUGAAUAGAAAGAUAUGUCUACAUUGAAGAUGUGUA